GAGCGGGCGGCAUGGGGCCGUCGGGGAAGCGGCGCGGGGUCGGGGCGGCCGGGGACCUGGCGGCACUGGCGGAGCUGGACGAGGCGUCGCUGCUGGGCGCGCUGCGGGACCGCUUCCUGCGGCAGCAGGUCUACACCGACGUGGGGGACAUCCUCAUCGCCGUGAACCCCUUCCAGCCCCUGCAGCUCUACGGGAGAGAGGUCUCCGAGCAGUACCGCUGCCAUGAGAAGGGCGCGCUGCCUCCGCACAUCUUCGCCGUGGCCGACCGUGCUUACCAAGCCAUGCUGGGUCGCCGCGGCGCCCAGCCGCAGAGCCAGUGCAUUGUCAUCAGGUGAGGAGCGGGCACGGCCUCGAGGGCACGGCGUUCUCCCCGUCAGACCUUCACGUAUCCACGCUUCUGGUGGGUCCAAACCCAGCUUCGUUGGCUGCACGUCUCUCGCUGCUUUCCAGCCAGAUAAGCAGACGGAUGGUGAAGAGAGAGUGUUGUGGAAGAGGUUGGGUUUCAUGCGGCCACUUGCCAGCCUUUGCUGGUAGUGCAACUGUGUGAAGUCUAAAAGGGUUGCUGCUGUUGGGUUGUAGUGCUGGAAAGGUUAACCUGCUCUGCACAUUGCUUUUCUUUGGCAAAAUAUCUUCCGCUGUAAUCUGUGUAUUGAAUCUUAUAAAUCAUGCAAUCAUAAAGUGGCUUGUGUUGGAAGGGACCUCGGAUAUCAUCAAGCUGCACCCCUCUGC